GGCAUUUCAUUUGACCGUUUUGAUUUUAGGCGAUUAGAGCCAUAGUGGCUAACAGAGUUUUUUGGCCACCGCCGGCGUUUCUCCGACCAACACACGCCCAACGCCAUCGGAGAGCUCUCAAGCUGAGUAUUCAACUUCUCCGUAGCAGAAAAGGAUGAAUCAGUCCCAUCUCCAAGCAGAAAGGAUGAAUCAGUACCAUAUCUACGAAGCCAUUGGCCAUGGAAAGCACUCGACUGUAUACAAAGGGAGGAAGAAGAAGACCAUUGAAUAUUUUGCCAUCAAGAGUGUGGAUAAAUCUCAAAAGGCCAAGGUUCUUCAAGAAGGGAGGAUCCUUCAUUCUCUUGAUCAUCCAAACAUUUUAAAGUUUUUCUCUUGGUAUGAAACAUCUGCUCACUUAUGGUUGGUGCUAGAAUAUUGUGUUGGAGGAAAUCUCAUGACCUUAUUACAGCAGGAUACUAAGCUUCCAGAAGAUUCCAUACAUGAUCUUGCGUGUGGCCUUGUAAGAGCUUUGCAGAUAUUACAUUCAAAGGGAAUAUUAUACUGUGAUUUAAAACCAUCAAACAUUCUAUUAGAUGCAAAUGGACUCACAAAGUUGUGCGAUUUUGGAUUGUCAAGAAAGCUAAAUGAUAUUUCAAGAACACCUUCUUUGCAGUUACCGCAAGCAAAACGCGGAACGCCCUGUUACAUGGCUCCAGAGCUGUUUCAGGAUGGAGGGGUCCAUUCUUAUUCUUCUGAUUUGUGGGCUCUAGGUUGUGUGAUGUAUGAAUGCUAUGCUGGGAGACCACCAUUUGUUGGAAGAGAAUUCACUCAGUUAGUGAAAUCAAUACUUGCAGAUCCAAUUCCUGCUCUGCCUGGCACCCCAAGUCGCCCCUUUGUGAAUCUGAUCAGUUCUCUUUUAAUCAAGGAUCCAGCUGAAAGAAUUAAGUGGCCUGAACUAUGUGGACAUGCAUUUUGGAGAACAAAAUUUGCUCCGGUUUCAUUACCUCCACAACCUGCUUUUGAUAAUAUGAUUGAGCUUUCUUCUAGACUUCACCUUUCAGAACGAAAUGGUGAAAAACCUCUUCAAAACAAGACCCCACAAAAAACUCGUGAAAAAGAUUCUAAAGGGAUUCACCGGCAUGAUGAGAAUUCAAACACUGAGUCUAAAGGUCAUGAUACACCAAACAGGGGCAUAUCCAGUACAAGAAAACCUCAGCAAAAAGCUUCUGGCAGAGUUAUUGAUAAUAAGCACAAGGAUGUGUUAAAUAAUGCAAGGGAGGUCAAUCUGCUACGGCUGUCAAGAAUUGCAAAAUCUAAUUUAAGGAGGGAAAAUGAGAAGGAGAACUAUAGGAGGCCAUUGCCAAAUAGCUCAGAGAAUGAUGCAGAAGUUAAAAUAGAAAAUAAUGAUAUGGAACUUGAUUUUAGUGAGAACACCGAGGAUGAGGCAAGUGAUGAACCUGAUGACACGGAAGGCAUCAAAUGCACCACAGAAUCCACUGUGUCUACACCAAGUGAGCAGGAGGAAAAAUUGGAAGGGACAGAUAGUGCCAAUUCAGGAUCAUCACCUAUGGUUAACCUGCCUUGCUCAGAUGAAUCAAAAGUGAUCGACCCGGAACCAUCUUCAGAACACAGCGAUGAUCUUCAACUUAUAACUCCUAAAAUUAAAGAGGGUCCUAGUUCUGACACUGAUGCACCAAAAUCAUCAACAAGCCUCUCCCAGGUUCUCUGGCAUCCUUCUGAUCUUUCAGUCAGACCUGUUAUGCCUAGUAGAAAAUCUGAUAAAGUUUCAGGAACGACUCCUUCACUUCCAUUUGAUCCACUUCAGGCAUCUGAUUUUGUCAAAAUGUCAAAAGAGCAACCAGACCUGGUUAACAAGAUUAUAGGCAUUCUCUCUGGGAACACUUCUACGGGCGAGAAACAAAAUGUGAUCAGGUACCUUGAGAUGCUAAGUAGCAAUGCCGAUGCAGCAAACAUCUUGACCAAUGGCCCUAUCAUGUUAGUUUUGGUUAAAAUGCUCCGACAGUCUAAGACAUCACUUUUGCAUGCUCAACUUGCUUCACUAAUUGGUUUGUUGAUCCGCCGUUCUACUUUUAUCGGAGAUGAGCUGUCUAAUUCUGGAAUAUUAGGUGCUUUAACUGAUGGCCUCAGAGAUAGACAAGACAAAGUAAGAAGGUUUUCCAUGGCUGCAUUGGGUGAAUUGUUGUUUUAUAUUUCGACUCAGGACGAUCAUGCUAGGGAUACUAAUGUCUUUGUGUCUCCAUCUAAAGAUGCCAGGCCUUCGUCUGUUUGGCAGGUGACAAAUUCCAUAAUUUCCUUAGUGUCAUCAAUUUUACGAAAUGGAGAAGAUGAUAUGACCCAACUUUACGCACUAAGGACCAUUGAAAACAUUUCCAGUCAAGGAGGCCAUUGGUCUGCUCGUUUCACAAGUCAGGCUGUACUUACUAACCUCUGUCAUAUUUUUAGAGCUCCCUGUAAACAAGAGAUCAUAAAACUAACUGCAGGAUCUUGUUUGGUACGCCUUGUUCGUUUCAGUCGUACCUGCAUUCAACGUGUUUUAGAUAAACUUCCAUUAAAGGAUAUUUCAUCAAUCCUAGUUAAGGGUAGUCAACGUGAACAGCAAAUAUGUUUGAAUCUUUUAAACAUGGCGCUUUCUGAAAGUCAUAUGCCAGCAAAUAUUGGGCGAUAUCUUCCUCCCUUGUUGGAAGACAAGAACCUUGUCCCACACCUUAUUACUCUUAUAGAGCAAGAAGGCGAAAUUUUGAAGGGAAAGGCGCUUCUCUCUGUGGCUCUACUUUGCAAGAAUGGCAAGAGAUGGCUUCCACAAUUCUUUUGCAAUGCGAAACUCCUAUCAACUGUUGAUAGGCUUCUCAAGGAUAAAGACAGCUAUGUGAAGCAAUGCUUAUAUACAUUUGCAGAUGUUGUCGCAUCAAGUGUGCCAAGUCUACUGGAAACUAUUAUUGUGGAUAUUCAACAACUUAUGGGUGGCAGACGCCGUGUACAGAUUAUGGGAGUGGCAAGCCGGAAUUCUUCAAAGAACAAUUUUCAUUUUUUCCCUGUUGUUCUCCAUCUUCUUGGAUGUUCGUUACUCAAGCAAAGGGUUGCUUGUCAUCAGGUUAUACAACAGUUGGCAAAUCUUUUGAGAUUGAUGGAGUCUCCUUUCCAUGGAAGAGACGAUUUUCAGAUAACACUUCUGCGGAUACUUGAAUCUAUUGCAGAGGAGACAUCUGCGAUUGAAGAGGGUUCAACCAUUUUUAUUUGUGAAGUCCUACCAAGUUUAAGUGUGGUGUACAGAGGAAAUAAAGAUGGUGAUGCCCGGUUUUUGUGUCUGAAGGUUUUCUUUGAUUUGAUGGCCACUUUAUUGAAUGAAGUAUCAGGGAAUGAACAGAAGAUGAUGGAAUUGAAGUCUAUAUCAAAUUCUCAUUUCCUCCCUUUGUACCCAUCUUUGGUUGAGGAUGAAGAUCCAAUUCCAGUUUAUGCUCAAAAGCUCUUAGUGAUGCUCAUAGAAUACGGUCUUAUAACAAUUUCAGACAUUCUUCAUAUGAAGAUAAUCUCACAGUGCUUUGAGUUUUUGCUAGUUGACUUCUCCACUGUGAAUGUCAACAAUGUCAUGCUUUGUCUGGCUUUGGCAUCUGCUCCAGAACUUGAUACUAAAGUCCUUUCUCAACUCAAAGUUGUGAGAAAGCUUGGAAGCCUCCUUGAGUUUGUGUGCGCCAAGGAAAUGGAAGAUAUCAUCGAACAUACUCUUUGUCUUUGUAGGGCAUUCCUUUUACGUUCAGCAGGCACGAGGAAUGGGGCUAGCUAUGCUAAAGAACCUGUUCUACUAUAUAAUAAUAAUUCAUGUGCAGCAAUUGACCCAAAUGAGUGCAUCAGAGACAUAAUGGACUUUGGUGAGAAUGUUGGAGUUCUGCUGGAUCUGAGCAAGUCCAGUAAGAAUAAUGUAUCAGAUGUAGCAUCUGAAUGCUUGAUUUUGCUGUUCAAGGCUGCUCCAAGGGAAGCUACCACUGGAUUCCUAACCAACCUUGCGAGAGUGACUAUCAUCCUAGAGUCAUGGAAUCCUACCAUUUCGAUCUUGCUACCACAAAGGAUUCUCUAUGCUCUUGGUUACUCUUGCCGACAGUACUUGUCACAUGGUAUGAUUCUAGCAAUACACUUACCAGACAUAACAAAACUCGAAAAGGUUGUGUUUCAGCUCAAACAUUGCGGCAUUCAAACAGUGGCAGAUGCUGCCUUUUGCGCAUCUUCCGAACUUCAAAGGCUUCCACGUCAUUAUUGAAUCAUGCAUGGGGCAUUUCAUCAUUCUCAAGGUGCCUUAGGUCUCUUAAGAUGGUCGUGAAGGUGGGAAGAAGAGCUCUACUCACGUUUGCCAUGGACUUGUACAAUGCAUGUGCCUUUGUUAAUAUUUUCAGUUGCUUGUUGUAGGCUUUCAACUAUUAUUCUUUCAUGAAAUAAUGUGAUGGCAUUAUAUAUUUUGAUAUGUGAUCUUCAUUACUAAACUGUACGUGUCGUUAUGCAGAUAGUAGUUAC